AUGGAGGCCGAUGUGAACUCCCGCGAACGCCCGGGGGCGUCUGCGUCUUCCUCUUCUGCGGGCUCUCCUGCGCCUCGCCGGCAGCCACUUCCGCUGUUCAUUCCGCGAGGUCGUCGCUCCGCAGGGUUGGGGGACGCCGCCGAGGACGAGGAGAGCGCGGUGCGGCAUGUCGAGGAGCCUCUCGAGUUCCUUCAGCGUGAGCACGCGCGCCGGCGCCGCGACCCGCUCAGGAGCGACGCCAGGCGCGACCAGCUGCGAAGCGGCCGAGGGAGUCUGAUGUACGCCGAUCGCCUGGAGGAGGAAGAGGAGAGCGAGGCGUUGAGGCAGCGCGCGUGGGAAGCGGAGGUCUCGCGACGGCUGCAGGGCAGAGCGAACGUCGUCCUCCCGGACUCGCAGUACCCUUCCAUGGUCCGCCUCGAGCAGGCUCAGCGGCUCUACAGUCUCUUCUCCGCAAGCGCACCGCGACACAGCGGCCGCACAGCCGCCAGCGCAGACGACGAGGGCGGGUCAGGGGACGGCACAGACUCUGCAGAGCCCAGCGCGGAGGAGGAAAGGCAGGCCGGAGGCGGCAGCGAGAGCGACGCGCCCUCGUCUCCGGCCUCGCUGCGAGGAGCCGCGCCCGCGGUCCGAAGGGACAGCGCGCUGGCGAAGCCUCGCGGCGCGCCUGCUCAGCGACAUGCGCGGUGCGAGGGUGGCGACGAGGGCGAGGGCGAGGGAAGGCUGAACGGGGGGCGACGCAAGGACGAGGCGGAGGAAUGCAAGUCAGGGAGCGGGUCGGGUCGUGCGGGCUUAGUGAAGGCGCAGAGAAAGGGGAAUAGGGAUCGGCGUGGACGCACAACUCAGGUGGAGGGCGCGGCGGAGGAGGCGCCCGCGGCGGCACAGGACUUUGUCCUCACAGCUUCGCGGCGAAUCUCGUAUGGCGCAGGGACUGUCGCCGCGCGAGCGACGUUGAAUCGACUGUGGCAGGCGCAUCACCAGAAGAGCAUAAAACAGCAUCAGCUUCUCCUCGCUGAGCAGCAGAAGAACGUGAAAAAAGCGGAGGAGAGGAAGGCCGCGCUUCUCUUGGCGCUGCCCUCGAUCCCGCCGGCCAGCUACGCCCACCUCCUCGGCGCCGUCGAGCACAGCCUCGAAGAGGAGAAACUGAUUCAGGUGGAAUUGGAAACCGAGCUGCUGCAGGCCAUCGACGAGGCGACAGGCGUGUACCGACAGCUGCGCAAAAACGUGCUCAAACUCGUGAGCAGUGCGGAGGACAAAGAGAGAGACGAAGACGCCGCGGCGAGCCAAGAGAAGCGAGCCACGCCGGGCACCGCAGAAGGCUUUCCUGACGCAGAUAAAGACGGCGUACCAGAAGGGGGCGAGACAUGUGGAGGCGAAGGCGCGGCUGAGACGUCUGACAGGGCGGAGUCCCAAAGAGAAAGGUGGAGGAAACGAGAGGCAGGCCGACAGAGGAAACGGUGUGCGCAGCACGUCCUCGCCCUGCUCUCGAGCAUCCUGGGAGACCUGCAGAGAUACAGGGAGCAGCUCGACCCUCCGGUUUGCUUGCCUUCUUCGCCCGCGGGUGCAACGGCCGGCCAGCUCUCGGCGUCGCUGACGCAGGUGCGCCUGGCAAGCGCGCGGGACGCGCCGGCGGAGGGCAGUGGGUACGCGGCCUCGGUCGCGGAGCUGCUUCUGGGCGACUGUCUCUCUCCGUCGCUGCGGCAGGCCUUUUUCUGCUACCUCGAGGGCCUUGCGCACUUCCCCCACGACGGGCUCGUCUUCAAUCAAAUGGCGAUGCUCUGUACAAAACUGCAGCAAGCUGAACAACGCCGGCGGGAGCAGCGCUCUGCCCUCGUCGGCGCCGACCGCGGGCGCCCCGCCGCCGCGACCGAAGAGACACGCCUCCAAGACGCCAUGGAGGGCAGCUGCGUCGUCGCGGUGCAGGCUCUCGCCGCGGUGUACUGGUGCCUGCGGGCGCUUCUAUGCGCCUUUCCGCUCCGCAUGGGCGACGGGCUCAGCGUCCUCCUCCAGCGGCUCGCAACGCAGGACGAGGAGCACGUCAAGAAGCUCGCGCCUGCGGCCGGUGCCUGCACGGCUGGCGUUUCUGCGGGCGUCGCGUCUGCGUCUUUGGGCUCCGCCGCCCCUGCGUCCGCCGCCUCCGCGGAGGCCGUCGGCCGCCGCGGCGUCUGGGGAGCGAAGGCGCAAGUGCGCGAGCAUCGACAGGCGGCGAUCGCCGUCACGCGCAACCCGCUGGCGGUCUUUGUGUCUCUGUAUUUUCGCGUACUGCAUCUGCUGCACUGUCGCGGCGACUUUGCGCACUUCCACCUGCACGCGAGCGAGUGCCUCGCCGCGCUGAGUCAUCUCCACGGCGUGUGGACGCCGCACACGGCGCAGCACGAGGCCUUCUUCCUCUUCGUCGUCCUCUCCCCGCUCAUCUGCGCUCUUGACGCGGCGCGCGGCUGCAAGCGGAUUCAGGCCCUUGUCGCUCACGCGCUGGCGACGACUCGCAGCGGCCGGCAGGAGCGCGGAGACGAGGGUGGGCGAGUCGUCGCCGAGCAGGACGUUCCCGAGAGUGGCGCGUGCGAGUCGAGGGGCGAAGGGAAGGAGCGCCGCGAGGGUGCGGAGGACGCGGCAAACGCGUCGGUCACGAUCCGCCUGUACGGAGAAGUCCCGUCCUCGCUGCGGCACGUCGACAGACUCGAAGCAGUCGUCGCUGCCGUGGUGGCGAAGCAGACACAGAGCUCGCGCGAGGCGCAAGAGAUCGCGGCGGAGGCGGCGUCGCCUCGAGCCGAAGGCGGCGAGACGAGAGAUGCGACAGCCGCGCCCUUGAGAGACUGCGAGGCCGCAGCGGGCGCAGGCCCUGCGGACGCGGAGACAGAGAGGGACGACGCAGACAGCGCCUGCGUGCUGCUCGCUCUGCAGUUCGGGUGCGAGCUCGCGACGGCGCUCGCCACGCAGGCCAUCGAGUUGAUUCGCCAGUUGAAGGCGACGAAGCGCUCGGAAGAAAACUGGCAGCAGCAUGCGGGCGCGACCCCGCCCACGUGUGCGCAAGGAGCUCCGCCGCGGCCGCGCGCUCCGCUGCCAACCCGGCAGGCGUCGCCCGACGGCCUCGCGGCGCAGCUCUCGGCGGUCCUUGCCCCCAUUUGUGUCUUUGUUGUCUUCCUUCGCUCUCAUUCUGAAAUAUUUUUCUCCGAGUCGUUCGCCGCGGUUGGCGCGUUGCGCCGGCAAGUUGCGACGGCGGCUGUGUUGCUGUUUCCGCCGCUUCUGGAGAAGGAGAAGGCUGAGCAGAGAGACCGAUCGAUUCUGGAGCUUGUGCAGCAGAAGCUCCCCGAGGAUUUUCUUCUUCUCGGACUGCUGGACGCCCCACUGACGCUUCCUCCGGAGGCGCCGUAUGACACCCGCGCGACUUCGCAGUCUCCGCGGGCACGCGGCGAGCAGAGCGCGAGCGCCGAGGACACGGCAGCCGCGCGACGCGACGCCGAGCGAAAGAACGGAGAGGAAGAAAGGGCGGAAGCAGAAGUCGCCGCCGGGGACUCGCCAGAGACAGAAAAAUCUGGCGACGAGGACGAGGGAAGCAGCGAGGAAGUUCUGCUGCUGAACAAACCAAUUCUGCUGCUGUCAAGUCCGGCGCGCCGUCGCGAGCGAGGGUCGCUUCGCAGGCCCUCGCAAGCCGCUUCGUCUGCGGAAUCGUCUUCUGAUUUCGAUGCCGGCAACGCGAGGCCGAGCCGCGAGCAGGCGCGCGCCGCUGGAGAGAGCGACGGGGCCGCGCAGCAGGUCGGCGCGGUGGAAGGAAGUGCGCGCGGGGAUGCAGAGACAGCAGGCCGCACGGAGCCAGACCGAGACGCACGCGACGCAUCGCGCGCAGCGUCUCCCCAGUCUCCGCUGCGUCUGCCGCGUCGUCGGCGCUUUCCAUCGCCGCCUGUGUUGUGCUCAGUCGACGCCGAGGAGCGUGCCACCUCCUCUUUCCAGGCCCGCUGCGCGCGGCUCUGGUCGCUCUGCGUCGACACGCCCGAAUUCCAGGAUAUGUUCCGCUUCGCCCUCCAGGUCGCCCUGCACAACCGCGAGAAGCUCUUCCUGCUUCAGCUGCAAAAGGAGCGGGAGCGGCAGCUGCGUGCGCGCCUCAACGGCCGGACUCCGGUUGCCGCUGACCUGGCCCGCGCCAAAGACGAAGAGCCAAGGCCUCAAGAGACCUCCCCCAGGGAGAAGGCGAGAGGGGUGGGGGAGCAGGACGCCAACGAGGGCGGUGCUUCGCGCGCGGCCGCGGCGCGCAUCACGACUGCAGAUCUGCUGGCGCAGGUCAAUCGCGCGUGGAUUCAGAAGACCGGGCGGGCUGCCGCGGCGAGGAGGUUGGAAGAUGCGCAGCCUGGUAGCGAAGACCGACAAAGGCGCGCCAGUGUGGGCCGCGACACCCGCAGCGACGGAGGCGAGAGAGGCGAGGCAGAGGAGGCGGAGGAGCCGCGCGAGGGCGGCGACGCCGUGGCCGCGACGGAUGCUAUUUAUUAUGGCUUUGAUCCGCGGGACUUUGUCGAGGACUCCGCCGACGAGAAAGAAGAAGAGGAGGCCUUCGUGCCGUCCUACCUCGCGUCGCGCCGCCACCGGCGGAGGCGCCCCCAGCUGCGGCGGAGGGACGCGGCGGAGGCCUCCGAAGAGGCCUCAGGCUUGGAGGCGCAGAAGUCCGCGUCGUCAUCGCCUGCGCCCGCGUCCCCGAGCGCGGCGUCGCCUCCGCGUGCCGCGCCCGAAAAGGCGCAGGUUUCCAGCCCGCCGCCGCGGACUGCGUUUUCGGCAGCGCGGGCUGUCAUCUACGAGGAGAUGAAGCGGCAGUUCGAAGAGUGCGCGUACGCGCGAGGUCUGCUGACCACACGCGCGUCUCCUCUCUCCAGCCACGCGCACGCGCGCAACGCCGAAGACGACGUACUCAGCCGCGCCACGCCGACCUGCACCACGCCGUCCUGUGAAAACGCCGCUGAGGAGGCCUCUACCUCGCCCUGUCCGGCCGUCGCCUCGCUGUUUCCGCCGCUCGCCGGUGUGCUGCCGCUCGCGUCGCUGCCAGCCCCGGCGCGCGGCGACGCGAAGCCCGCACGACCGCGAGGCGAAGGGCGCGAGCGCCGCGACGUCGGCGGCUCGAGAAAGGCCUUCGUCGGUUCACAUGCGGCGCCUUCCGCGGCGUUCAACUGCCAUCUGGGCGCACUGGACGCUGCACGAGGCGCGCGGAGACCGCGACGCAGAGCUGGCAGCGGCGCGGAGGCAGCCUUCACGUCGCGCGCCCCGCACGGACUCGCGGCCUCGCCGUCGGAGCGCGAGAGCGAGGGGGAAGGGACUGCGAGUGAGGACGCUGGAGUUGGCUUGCGAGAUGCUGGACACGAGGGCGACGAGGCGCGCGCUGCGGGCGGGCUUCGGGAGCCGGAGAAGCGCGGGACACUUCGAGGUAGCGACCUGCGGCCGCAGGACGGCUCUGCAGGCCUAUCCGCCAUGCGCCGAAGCGAGCGCGCACGCGAAGGGCCUUCGCAGGGCGCGUCACUGGCGUUUGCGUCGCCGCUCGCGCCGCCGUCGCCGAGCGAGGGAGUGGGGAAGUUGAUUGUUGUGGACGGCAGCAACGUGGCGAUGCGACACGGCGGCGGGCGCACGGGAGGCUUGACUAAGGCCUUCUCGACUAAGGGCAUUCAGCAGGCAGUCGACUACUACAAGCGCCGGGGGUACACGGUCCGCGUCUUUCUCCCCGACUACGUGCUCAGCUACGGGGCAGUCGGCGAGGCGAAACGCAUGCAGAAGAUGACCUUCCCUGUCAAGGAGCAACUCACGACGCGUAUUCCAGACUCUCUCGACGCCUUGCACCAGCUGAUGCGCGCAGGCCUCGUCGUGAACACGCCCUCGCAGGACUACGACGAUUCCUACGCGAUCAUGUACGCGAUGAAGCACGACGGGUGUAUCGUCACGAAUGACCUCUACCGCGAUUUCAUCACCAAGAGUGAGGCUCCGCAUUCGAUUCGGAGGUGGAUGAGGUUGCACCUGAUUUCGUUCGUGUUCAUCGAAGACGAAUUCAUCCCGAACCCCGACUUCCGCUGGCCGCCGCCGCCUUCGCCCUCUUCGCGGCCGCAGCCCGCGUAG